CGCCAGCCAUCUCUAUCCUUUAUUAACACACUCUCGACGAUAUGUCUGGAUUCACCUCUUUUGCUGUCGUUGGUGCUGGCGGAAUUGGCUCUUUCAUCGUUGAGGAACUCCUUCAGUUGAAGGCCUCCAACAAGAUCAAGAGUGUCGUCAUCCUCACCCGCUCGGCGAAGGACAACUCUAACCUAGAUGAUUUCGCUAGCAGAGGCGCCAAAAUCACCGCCGUCGACUACUCAUCUUCUUCCUCCCUCACCAGCGCUCUCUCCGGCAUCGACGUUGUAAUCUCCGCCGUCGGCAUGGGAGGCAUGACAGCCCAGCUCCCUCUCGCAGAUGCCGCCAAGGCUGCAGGGGUGAAGCUCUUCAUCCCCACCGAGUUUGGUAACCCAACGGAUGACCCUUCGAUUAUACCCGAGAAGAGCCCUCUCGCAGUCAAGGUCGCGACCCAGAAGAAACUGAAAGAGCUGGGCCUGCCGUAUGCGUUGUUCUUCACGGGACCGUUUAGUGACUUCUGCUUUGUUCCGUUCCUCGGUAUCGACCUUGAGAACGGUAAGGCGAGCGUCGGGGGAGACGGGAAUGCCUUGAUCUCCUGGACCGCGAGGCCCGAUAUCGCAAGGUUCUUGGCCUACGUCGUCACUGAACUUCCUCCUUCCAAACUCGAAUGGGCGAUCUUCCGCAUUGAAGGCGAGCGCGCUUCUUUCAACCAGAUUUUCGCAGCCUACGAGAAGAAGACUGGCAAGAAGAUCGACGUCGCUUAUAGGUCUGCCCAGGAACUCCAGGACACCAUCGCCAGCAACCCUCACGACUUCGCAAGUCGCUUACACUUGAGCUGGUCAGUGGGACAAGGUCAGGUCGGGAAGCCGGAGCAGGUGUCUAACGGGGCGUACCCGGAGUGGAACCCCAAGGAUGUACUUGCUGUCCUCGCGCCUUGAGCAAAGUGUUGUAUUUAUCUGUGUGUAUGAGAUUUAGAAUUAUACUUGUUUUAUCGAUGACCGUGAUGAUG